AAAAAAAGAAAUCCAAAUCAGCUGCCUCCAGUGACUGUCAAAUUCAAGUUAAUCGUUAGAUUUGUUUAUUUUGAUGCUCCCAGGCUCUAUUUACAAACAAUAAUGUUGUCUGCCUUUAUCAAAUUCAUUUAGCAUUAAUUCUAUACAGUUCAUCAUUGAUUUUGUGUGUCUAUUUGAGUUGUUCAACCGAUUAUAUAAAGCUUGGCUUCACUACAAGGGAACUUUCUUUGUUCUUCGUAGGAAAGAUCUUCCUACUUUUCGUGAUUAGGACGCUCUUCAGCUGUGUGUUUUUCUUUUCGUAAAAAUUCGGAUUUUGCCAAUAAUUUAUCAUUCGUGCGGAUAGUGCACUAGUGUUCUUGCAGAAACAUUUCUCUGUAAUGUGUCCAUCAAUAUCCGAGGAUUUGCUGAGUUUAUCUACCUCUCAGUGCUAUGUUCAACACUCCAGAAGAAAAGGCAUAUUUCUUCAUCCGAAAAUCAUAUUCAGGAACAAUUUUAGUCCCUCAAGUCGAAUAAGUAGUAAUAGUUGCUGCAACAAUCAUCAAUAUGUGUAAAUAGACUCAAGUUGACAGCCGGUUAAUUUUUUUAGAUCCUUCGCUCUCACUGUGUGUUUCUCAUCGCUAUUGUAACUGAAGGAAUCAUCAUAGUACAAAAUGAAGCUAUUAGAAAGCAGCCGAUUUGAAGCUCUCAACAGUGCCUUAUUAAUCAACUGUGGGGACAUCAAGAUUAUUGGAAGGAUUGAAAGCUACUCCUGCAAGAUGGCAGGAAAUGACAAGCAGCUGUACAAAAAAUUCAAUUCCGAGGAAGGUGUGACACCGCAUGACCUACAAGCUCUCUCUCCUCCGCAGCAUACAUACAGUGCCUCUCCUGGUCAGAGUCAGUAUAGCCGCAGUGUUUCUGGAGAUGAAGAAGGACCUCUCUGCGAUACAAUCAGUCGUAAAACACUGUUCUAUUUGAUCGCAACUCUGAACUCAGCAUUCCAACCUGAUUAUGACUUUUCUCAUGCCAAGAGUCAUGAAUUCAGCAAAGAGCCCAGUAUUCAGUGGGUUAUGAACGCAAUUGAUAGCAAUCUGAGUACAACAGCAGGUGAACAAUAUCGAACAAUGCGGUCGCACUUAUGGGCAGCCAUUGAAGACGAGAUCUCAAUGAACGAAUGUGAUAUUUACAGUUACAAUCCUGAUCUCACAUCAGAUCCUUUUAGCGAGGAUGGUUGUCUGUGGUCUUUCAACUACUUCUUCUACAACAAGAAGUUAAAACGAAUCGUUUUCUUCACCUGUCGUGCUAUCAAUCCGAUCUACGCGAUUGACUCAGGUAUUGGAAGCGAUUUUGCUAUGGACGAAGACGAAGAAGAUACUUACUAAUUUUAGUGUAGAAGAGCUAAGUCUUACCUCCUGUCACAUCCUCACUCUCAAUAUCCUCUAUCGAUCUUAUUUUGUUGUGUGUUUUAAAUUCUAAUUUCUAGGAUAAUCUCAUGGGUACACUCUCUAUGUAAGCACCUACCCACAGUCAAUAGGAAAGUGCUUCUAGAUUUACCCUCCGUAUUCAAUGAUCGUCAUUUGCUCCCCCCUCUUCAGCAAUUAUGUGGUUCUUUUUUGGUAACCUUUAAGCCCUAAAAUUUUACCGUGCAAUUUCAACGAAAAUUUUUAAAUAUAAAGAGGGAAGAUUCAAAAGCGUACGUCUAGCUGGUGGGAUUUGAAAUUUUGAAGGCCAAAAUUUUGAGAAUUUCUUAUCAUGAGUGUUGGGAUUAUAUUUUUUGUAAUCCUGUUAGAAUAGAUGGUUUAGGAUGAUUUGAUACAUGAAAAAAAAUGGGAUGUACAACGUAAGUUCAAGUCAAAAUUAUAUACUCAGCGCUCCUAAAAUAAAUAAAUGAGAAAUUUUGUGUUUUAAGGAUGUCUAUCCUUUUCUUCAGAGAGUAUUCAGAAUGGAAGGGGCAUCCUAAAGUAUGACAGUUUCUUUUAUUUUUAAUUUUUUGAGUUUUUAGUUUAUCUUUUUGAAUUUUUCUUUUGUUUAAUGUUCCGUUCUCUUCAGUUUACUCACUUUCAGCUCAUUACUCUGUUACAUAUUUUUUGGUUAUUACCUAUUUGAUUCCUUCAUGAUCAUUUUGCCAGCCCUUGAAGCAGCUUAAUCUUUUUACGUUUUCAUGUGCCAAAAUGUAGUAAGAAAUGUCAUGUAUUUAUCUUGAGUAAACUGCACUAGCUUGACCUAUUUCUUUUGAAUCUUGCCAAAGAAAAUUUAUGAAAACUGUUAAACCGUUUAUAUCUUUUAUUUUGAUUUUUUUUCGGGCUGAAACAUGAAACCAAAGAGUCCCACUAGUUUCAAUCCGCAACUCUUAUCAUGAUUAGUUUUAGCUUCUCUUAAAACUAAUGUUAAUGAAGGGUAUUAGUACUUAAGAAAACUGUUACAGCUUCUCAAACAUUUUCCAGAAUUUACGUCAGUAUUUUUAUCGCUCCGACUUACGUCAUGUUUUUUCAGAUUUCAACUCUUUUUGUUUUCACAGCCUGCUUAGUUCACCCAUGUUUCCCUAUUUUGAUGUUGGUUGUAUUCUUGAAGUAAUCUAAAGUAGUUUUGCUUAACACUGCACAAAAAUGAUCGACCUUACCCUCGUGCAAAAUUUUAACAUUCUAUUUAUCUGUCUGCCUGAGCGUUACUGACUUUUCUAAAAACUUGAGCAAUUUUUUCCUUGAAUGUGUAGUUUUUCCACCAGAAUCUAUAAAAAAAACUGUACAAUUAUUUCCUCUUAAUUAAAUGUGAUGAUCACGGAUAUUUAAAUUAUGUUUGUGUGUUUGUACGCAGUGUUAGCAGACAUUAAUUGUUUGGAAAAAUCUCUUUUAAAAAAAGUAAGCGAUAGAUCUGUUUUCAAUUUUUGACUUCAGUUAUGAGUUAAUUGAUCAGAGUUUAUUUUAAAAAUUACAUACAAUGGCUAGUGAAUCUUUUAGCUCAUGGUCAUGAUGUUCGGAUUUUAAAGUAUAUCAGAUCUCCAGAAAUUUUCUUCGUGAAGCUUUGACAACAGGCAGUCUUUUGUCAAAAAACCUAUAACAUUCUUCACAGCCACUCUUUUACAAGAUUGACCUCAUAAUGAUUUUAACUCAAUUUUAGGUUUCGUAGAAUUACUGGUUAUUUUCUGAGGUUUAAAAAUCGUAACCUACCUCCAGGAAUAUUUAUGUGUACUUUUAAACUCUGACCAACCUAAAACCAUUUCAUUGAAAAUCAUUAAUUUUACCUUUUAGCUCAUUCACAACUCGCCGCCCCCAAAAAAUCCAUUGGCUUUAAUGCACUUCAAGAUUGCAGCAAAAAGAGUGACGCAUCUUCUGUGAAUGGAGCGAUUUUCCCAAUUAACUGUCUCUUAUCUGAUCAGUAUCGCAUUUUGUUCAAGUUCAAGUAGGCCCUCCUUCUGUUCAUUACUAUAUUUAAGUCCCUCCUAGUUUCUCCACUAAAUCUAUCCAGUGAAUUCAGAAGAGAACUUUAGUUUUGCAAAAUUUUAUUCUAAUCCCCCCCCCCCCC